AUAAAGCCUGGGUGACGCUCCCUACCCGUACCCCAUAUAAACGCGCCCCGCGUCAGACCACCGCUCCAGCACGCAUAGUAGACACAGUAUACAUCCAUCCCGGCCGGCCUUUUAGCAAGUUAAACCGGGUCACGCGCAAUGGGUGAGAUAGCGGCGGACGAGCGCGGCCUCGGCGCCGCCGUCGGCAAGGGAGAAGAAGAAGAGGAAGAAGAGACGUCCCCGAUCGAGGAGGUGCGGCUGACGGUGCCGUCGGGCGACGACGCCUCGCUGCCGGUGUGGACGUUCCGGAUGUGGAGCAUCGGGCUGGUGUCGUGCGCGCUCAUGAGCUUCCUCAACCAGUUCUUCUCCUACCGGACGGAGCCGCUCAUCGUGACCCAGAUCACGGUGCAGGUGGCGUCGCUGCCCAUGGGCCACUUCCUGGCCCGCGUCCUCCCGGCCCGCAAGUUCCCCGUCCCGGCCCUGCUGGGCGGCGGGGAGUGGAGCCUCAACCCGGGGCCGUUCAACAUGAAGGAGCACGUCCUCAUCUCCAUCUUCGCCAAUGCCGGCUACGCCUUCGGCAACGGCAACGCCUACGCCGUCAUGAUCGUCGACAUCAUCCGCGCCUUCUACCGCCGCUCCAUCUCCUUCGUCGCCGCCUGGCUCCUCAUCAUGACCACCCAGGUGCUUGGGUACGGGUGGGCGGGGCUGAUGAGAAAGUACGUGGUGGAGCCGGCGCACAUGUGGUGGCCGGGCACGCUCGUCCAGGUCUCGCUCUUCCGGGCACUGCACGAGAAGGAGGAAUUUCCCAGGGGCUCGCGCCAGAUCUCCCGCUCCAAGUUCUUCCUGGUGGCGCUCAUCUGCAGCUUCGGGUGGUACGCUGUGCCGGGCUACCUCUUCCCGUCGCUGACAUCCAUCUCGUGGGUGUGCUGGGUCUUCUCCAAGUCCGUCACAGCGCAGCAGCUCGGCUCCGGCAUGAAGGGCCUGGGUCUUGGAGCCUUCACGCUUGACUGGUCUGCCGUCUCCUCCUUCCUCUUCAGCCCGCUCAUCUCCCCAUUCUUCGCCACGGCGAACAUAUUUGUUGGCUAUGUUAUGUUCCUCUAUGUGAUUGUACCCACGGCAUACUGGGGGGUCAACCUCUACAAUGCCAAGACAUUCCCCAUAUUCUCGUCACACCUGUUCACAUCCAAUGGAUCGGCCUAUCAAAUCAACGACAUUGUGAACCAGCAGUUCCAGCUUGACAGAGAUGCUUACGACAAGAUCGGCAGGAUAAACAUCAGUACCUUCUUUGCACUCUCUUAUGGGCUAAGCUUUGCCACCAUCGCCUCAACCAUCACACAUGUCGGCAUCUUCUAUGGAAAGGAAAUCUACCAGCGGUUCCGAGCUUCGCAGCAGCAGGAUCCUGACAUCCACACAAAGCUGAUGAGGAAGUACGAGGACAUACCAGCGUGGUGGUUCUACUCGCUGUUGUUGUUGUCGAUGACAGUAUCCCUCAUUCUAUGCACCGUCCUCAACGACCAGGUUCAGCUCCCAUAUUGGGGCCUCCUCUUAGCCUGUGGCAUGGCCUUUGUCUUCACGCUCCCGAUAAGCAUCAUUACAGCAACCACCAACCAGACGCCUGGUCUGAAUGUUAUCACCGAGUAUGCCAUGGGGUUAAUAAGGCCUGGCUAUCCCAUCGCCAAUGUCUGCUUCAAGGUGUACGGCUACAUGAGCAUGUCGCAGGCAAUUGCCUUCCUCUCAGACUUCAAGCUCGGCCACUAUAUGAAGAUACCUCCCAGAUCAAUGUUCCUUGUUCAGUUCGUCGGUACACUUGUGGCUGGCACAGUCAACCUCAGCGUGGCAUGGUGGCUACUUGGUUCCAUCGAGAACAUCUGUCAGGACACUUUGCUCCCACCAGACAGCCCAUGGACGUGCCCUGGUGACCGUGUCUUCUUCGAUGCAUCGGUUAUCUGGGGCCUUGUCGGCCCAAUGCGCAUUUUCGGGCCACGUGGUAACUAUGAAGCACUCAACUUGUUCUUCCUCAUUGGCGCGGCGGGCCCUGUCAUUGUGUACGUCUUCCACAGGAUAUUCCCCAAUCAGAAGUGGAUACUGUUGAUAAACCUGCCAGUGCUCAUCGGCGCCACAGCCAGCAUGCCACCAGCGACAGCCGUGAACUACAACGCGUGGCUGCUCAUUGGUACCUUCUUCAACUUCUUCGUGUUCCGGUACCGCAAGAAGUGGUGGCAGAGGUACAACUACAUCCUCUCCGCUGCGCUCGACGCGGGCGUCGCGUUCAUGGCGGUGCUGCUGUACUUCACGCUGAGCAUGGAGAAUCGGUCAAUCGACUGGUGGGGCACAGCUGGUGAGCACUGCCCUCUGGCCACAUGCCCCACUGCUAAAGGGGUAGACUUGGGUCCAGAUAGUCUGUGCCCUGUGUUCCGCUAAACGUUUUUCAUGACUCGACAUACAGGUGCAACAUUAGUCAUGAUCCAUAACAGUUGUAUUGAGUGUCAUAUACAGCCAUAGAUUCCGUUAUAUCAAUGAAGCACAAAGGGAACGAAAGUUCCGUGUGUAAAGCUCUCAGUUAGCCACUCAAAAGGCCUAAACUAUCAAUAACAGUGGCGUUGCAUUGUUGAUACAUCAGUUAUUUGGGCGACAAAAGUGGGUGCUAGUUCCUGAA